GCCCGUCGGUCGGAGUGAUUCGAAAGCUCGAAUGAAAAGUACAGUGUCAGCUUCUUUCGGCUAAUCUCUGCCGUGGUCAGAACUUGGAAUAGAAGUUUGUGGCAAGUAUUACUGAGGCAGAAUAACAGAAGGAAGAACCCUUUUUUCCUGCUUGUAAUUGUACUGUCGCAAUUUUUUCUCAGUUGUGUUAUUGUAAGUUUCACCACCAUGUGGAGGUCACCACGAAUCUCUUGUAUCUUUGGUAGAUUGAAUCAGCUCAAAUUAACCAGUAACCUCAUGGACCAUGCCUUGUACUCUAACGUGGCUCAGCCUCUAGUCUCGACUGCUGCGGCAGAUUCCAUGUCCAUACAGUCACAGAUAAACCAUUCUCCUCAGCAGAAAACUGGAGAGACACAAAAGCAUCUUAUUGGGGAAAAUGUACCUAAAAGAGAUAAGAUCAAUUUUCUCACGACAACACUUCUCAAUCUCAAUGACAGUAAGGAGGCCGUUUAUGGUGCUCUGGAUGCCUGGGUUGCCUGGGAGAACAAGUUCCCCAUGGUUGCAUUGAAAAGGACGUUGAUUGCUCUUGAGAAGGAGCAGCAGUGGCAUAGAAUUGUGCAAGUAAUUAAAUGGAUGCUGAGCAAGGGGCAGGGGACCACAAUGGGAACAUAUGGUCAACUGAUUCGAGCUUUAGAUAUGGAUCACAGAGUUCAAGAAGCACACGAAUUCUGGGAGAAGAAAAUUGGCUGUCAUCUGCACUCAGUUCCUUGGCAAUUAUGCCAUCUCAUGAUAACAGUAUAUUACCGAAACAACAUGCUGGAGGAUCUUGUACGGCUUUUCAAGGAACUCGAAGCCUUUGACCGCAAGCCUAGGGAUAAAUCUAUCAUUCAGAAGGUGGCAAAUGCAUAUGAGAUGUUGGGCCGUGUACAAGAGAAAGACAGGGUACUGGAGAAAUAUAGCCACGUCUUCAAUGAGGAAAAAUCCAGAAAGCAGCGCUCUGAUAGAAAAAAGAUUUCGUUUUCUUCUGAGAAGGGACAGCACUAGUGGCCUCGUCUGACCAAGAGCAAUCAGAUAGUCUCAGCUGAUGAUUCGUUUGAGGAGUGGUAGACUAAAUGACUGAGGUAGAGCAGAGGUCCGUCCCUGAUUCCAGUUUGAUUUCGACAGAAAUGCAUUUAAGUUUGUUGAGACGGAUCUGAUUCCCAGUUUUUUCACGGUCUAUUGUAGCGUAUGAAGAAAGAUCCUGAGAGGGCUGUGCCUCUGUACCUUGGAGUGAAAUCUCAUGAUUAAGGGUGGAAUGUCACAAUUAUGAAAACGAGUGAAUUCUGAAGUUGUUGGAUGUGAGGUGCAACUUCUAAAUGAGGACAUAUUUUUGAAAAAGAAAAAUACAUUUCUUAUA